UCGUACAGCUGUUUCCCAACAUACGCGUGCGUCAGGAUUAUUUAAAGUGACAAAAGUCGUAGUUAACCGCUUUUUAGAAAGAAAACCGCGAUAAGUGCACGUGUAACAGUUCAAUUUCAAUCUAUAUGUUUCAAUAAUAUUUUAAAAUUCCGACGUAAGUGUACAAUUCCGUUGCUAAAAUGUCUAAAAGGGGGCUAGUAGAUCUCGCUACCGAUGAAAGAGCUGAUUCGCCUCAACCUGUAAGAAGAUCUAGUCGUAUCUCAUCCGGCCAGAAUUUGACCAGUUCUCCUGCUCCUAAAGCAAUUCGGACCAGAAGAAGUUCAGCUAAUGCAGAAAAAACUACAGUGGAAACGAAUAACAUCACAACAGACGUCAGAAAAACAAGAAGGACAUCAACUGAUGAAGAUCCUAAACCAGCCCCAAUCAGAACUAGAAGAAGUUCAGUAUCCAAAGUUAUUGAAGAAGAAAAAACAUCAACACCGAACUCCCCUAGCCGCAGAAAUACAAGGCUAUCAAGUUCUUCACCAUCGUUAGACGUUCCUGCUAGAAGAACAAGGCGGUCAUCACAAGAUUCGGAAACUGUUGAAAUUCCAGCCAGGCGAUCUACUAGGAGAUCUUCCACAGGACUCCAAGAACCUAUUGUCGAAGAAGUUAUAGAAAAGGCUAAACCAAUCACUCGUAGGCGUAGGUCAUCUUCGAUAGAUGAACAAGAAGAAGAUACUAAAGUUGAAACUAGACCUAAAACAAAGAGAUUGUUCAAUGAAGAUAAUCAGUUAGAACCAAUCAAAGAGCUAGAACAGGAAGUCAAAGAAAAAGAGGCUACUGAAGAAAAACAAGAAGUUAUUCACACUUUAGAAGUAAUAGAAGAACUUGCUGAUGAUGAGAGUGAAAGAAUACUUGAUUCUCUGAAUGAAGUUUUAGGAGAAGAAUCUAGUUAUGAAAGAAAUGGAGCAGACUCUGAGAAAUCUAACACAGAAGAAAAAGACAAAACCAAAACAGAAACAAAUCAUAAGGAAGAAAAGUCCAGUGUUGCAGAAACUAUUUUGGAACAAGCAGCAUCUGUUGAUGAAAAAGAAGAAACUGAAAACAAGGAAUUUCCAGAAGAAAAGUCCAGUUCUGAGAAAUGCUUGCCUGAAGAAUCUAUCACUGACGGAAAUAAAGAUGAAGUUGAUGAAGAUAAGUUACAAGUUGAAGCACCCAAAGAAACAGAUUUAAAAUCUCCUGCAAAUGAAGCCCAAUCUGUGACAAAAGAAUCUGAAGCGGAAAAAUUAGAGGAUGUUACCACUGAAAAUUCAGAUACACCAAUUAGUCCUGAAGAAAGUCCAGUUGUUCAACUGAAAAAUUACAUUGAGAUAGGGGAAGAUGGUUCGUAUACCCUUUCAUUGAAAGAAGACAAUGAAAUCGAAUUUGAAAAGACUGAAAAUAAAACAGCAACAUUUUGUUCCCCUGGAAGCGAUAAAGAAAAUAGUUCAAUGAACAUUCCUAAAAAAAGAAGGUCCAUAAAAUUAAAUGAGGGAAUUUUAAAUAAUGAAACUGAAAAAUUGGCCUUUGCAGCAAAAAAGACUCCUAGAAACAGUUUAUGUGAACCUAUGGAUGUCGAUGAAGAUGAAGACGAUUUAUUCAAGAAUGAAGCUCCUUCUACAAUCGUAACUCCGAAAGAUGUCACAAUGAAUGGACAUCAUACUGAAGUAAUUGAAGAAAAAGAAUCUGAAGUUACAGUUCAAAAUGUUUCACUUAAGGAUGCAGAUAUUUCCAAGAAUGUAUUUGAUCAAAAUACUAGCAUCAAAAAUACCAGUUUGGCCAUGGAAGGAUCGUUCUCUCAGUUAAAUUCCUCGCCAGAUAAAGGAUCUCCAUCGGUAAAAAAAACAGAAAGCCACGUAGAACCUCAAAGUAAUGAAAAUAAAACUUCAACAGCAGAUAUCAUCAAUGAGACAGAUGAUGAUUGUGCUAGUGAGACCUCCAUUAAAUUAGUUGACACCGAUGAGGAAGAAGAAGCAGCCAAAAAAGCCCUUUAUGAAAAUGAGGAAAAAGAUGAAUCAUUAUCAAAAGAAACCAGUCAACUACCAACUGAAGAUGUAACCGUUUCAGGAUUAGAUGAAUCGGUGUUAGAUAAGAGUUUUGACAGUGAUAAAAAUCAGUCAAUACUUGAGAAGAGUACUGAUAAACUUCUAACAGUAACUCCUACUAAUGAGGAAGACGACACCAGUACUACAGUGGUCGAUUCCGAAGAUGAAAUUAUAGAGGUUGUUGAUUCAAAUGACAUAAUAUUAGUUGCAGCUAAAUCAUCACAUCAAAAUGAAGAUGCACAAGAAGAAUCAUCCGCUAAACGGAAAUCAAUUGAUGCAUCAAAAACCAUUUUGGAGGUUGAAGUUGAAGCACCAUCUACCGAAGAAAAAGAUCCAACUAAUAUUGAAUCAAAUGUAGAAUUCAAGGAACUUGAAGAAUCCAAGGAACUUGAAGAACCCAAUAAUUCAAUUCUGCAAACAAAUGAAGAAUGGCAUAGUGUACCCGAAAAUCAUGAAGAUAAUGAAAAAGUACUUGAAAUUGUCCCUAGUACUCCAAAAUCCAAAGAUUCACGGAAAUCAAUUGAGAAAAGUGAGGAAUUGGAAAAAAGCGUGUUGGAAAGUAACGAUUCCAAGGCAAAUAUUUCUUUAGUGAAGAUGGAAAAUGAUUCUGAUUUAUCUGAAAAUGUAGCACAAGAAAUUGUGACUAACGUUGCAGUGGAUUUGGUAAAGCAGGAAAACAAUAUAGUGAAGAAUUCCCCACGUAAAUCCAUGAAUAAAUUGACAGAUUCCAACAACUCUGAGAAAAAUCUAGAAGAAACAUGUCUCGAAACAUCUGUUGGUCAAGAAUCUGAAGAAAAAGACAUUUCGAAGUCGGUCAUGAGUCCUUCCACAAUUAUACUGAAAAGUGUGACAGUUAUAAAGCAGAGCGGCGAUGAGGUGCAGGAAAUCGAUCAGUCAAAAUCUAGUGAACAGGAAAUAGGAAAAGGUGAUAACACAUCAAAAAACCAAGAACAAGAGUCAUCAACUGUGAAAUCAAGGACUCGACAUUCUUUACCCAACUCUGAGAAGAAAAAAACUGAAACAGAGAAAAAGGAAAAUGAACUCGAAAUUAAAAGCACCAAAACAAGACUUUCUUUUCUUGAUGCUGAGAAUAAGCAGAAUGAAACAGAGAAAAUGGAAAAUGAAGAAGUGAAAAUUAAAAAUACCAGAUCAAGACUUUCUCUGCCUGAUGCUAAAAAUAAGAAAAGUGAUACAGAGAAAAGGGAUAAUGAAGAACUAAAAAAUAAAAAUACAAAAUCAAGGCAUUCUCUUCCAAACAAAAUCAGACAUGAAAGAGAAAACAUUUCAAAAUUAAGCCUACAAAAACCAACAUCGUCCUCAACAGAAAGCAUGAAUGAAGGGGAUGAAGAGAAUUUGAGACUGUUAGAUAAAGAUACAGAAGUUCAUUUAAUAUCUUCUUCCGAUGAUGAAAAUAACACUCUUGAAAUUGCAGAUGGUAGUGCCUUAAAAAAAAUAAAGGAGGAAAAGUGUGAAAACCCAAAACAAAAAGUGGAAGAACCAUCAGCCGGACGUAAAUCUUUGAAAAGGAUUAAUCCUUAUAGUGAAGUUGGAGCCACUAAAAGAAAAUCUGAGGAAACUGGUGGAAUAAGUAAAAAACUGAAAGUGUCUUCAGAAAAAACAACCGAAGAGAGGGACCAAGACACAGAAAGAAAGCCUUCGAAGGACAAAAGAAGACGCAGUAAGAGACAAAUUGAAAUAAUGACUAGAAGUGGAAUUGAUAUUGAAGACGAUGAGGAAAGUUCAGACGAGAUUGAACUAAACGAAUACUUCGACGAAAUGGCUGAAGAGGGAGAAGAAAGUUUGGGUGAAGAGGAAAAUGACGAAUAUGAAAUCAAAGAUGAAGGAGAAUCUGUUCUGAGUUCUGGUACGGAAGAAGAAAGUUCCGAAGAUGAUUAUGACCCCAAUGACUCUUUCAUAGAUGAUGAAGAACAAGAACUAAUAUCAGGCGAAGAGGAGUAUCUUGGAUUGGUUAAAACGAAAAAGAAGUACAAAAAAAUAAUUGCGCCUUCGACUAGUGAUUCAGACGAAGUAUUUGAGCCGGUUGAAAUGUCAUCUAAAAUUCCAGAAGCCGAUUUUGUGCCAAUUCACAAAAAACCGGAGGAAGAAGAUACUGGAAAAUCCUUUGAAGAAAAAAUUGAUUCUAUUCUUAAAGUUAACCCUGAGGAUAAAGACAUGCCAAGUAAUACUAUCACUGAUGUUAUGAAUUCAUCUGCAGUCUCAGAAAGCUCUGUUAUACUACAAGAAACAUGCAGUAUUGGUGCUGCAAAGAGUAAAGUUAUUUUGGACCGAAUCCAUGGAAUGGUUGAUGUAUUUUGUAAAAAUAUAAACGAAUCGGAAGGUAAUAUUUCACUGAAUGUAUCUCUGAACUUUAAACCACCUCAGAAUUCUCCUUCAAUGGAAAAAAUAAAAUCCAGGGAUUCGUUGAAUAUUUCUUUGGAAACAGCCAAAGAUGAUGAUAAGAUUGUUGAAAAUUCCUCUAAUGAAUCUAAAAGAUUAUCAAAUGACAAAAGCCACCACACCUAUAAUAGAAAAUCUCUAGAGAAAAUUGAUGUUAGCAUUGGAAAAGAUCAAAGUAAAAAUAUGGAAUUGGAAGAAGUUCAUGUAGAGCUGAAAAAACAUCAAGAUGAUUCUGCUUCGAAGGAUGAAACAAGAAAUAUUGAAAGUGAAGAUCAGGUAAAGGUUAAAAAGUCCAGAAGGAAUAGAAAGAAGUCUAAAAAUUCUUCUAUUGAGAAAAAUGUAAUCCUGAAUGAGGAAUCUAAAGGUAGUGAAUUGAAAAAAAAGAAACCAGAACCGUCUUCUAAUACUUCACAAGAUAAUAAAUCUGAUGAGAUUGAAUCUUCUCAAACAAAAACUAUGAAGAAAACGAAAAAAGAGUCUAAACAAGAAAAAAUUCAUGAUAACUCUGAUCAAAAGGAAAAAAAGAAAAAGACAACCAAAAAUGUUUCUGACUCAAAGGAAAAAGAUUCUUCAGAACAGAAAUCGGGAAAGAAAAAGCUGAAACAUGGUGAAUCUACGGAAAAAAUCGCAUCUCAAACACACAAAAAACAUAAUGAACAAAGUGAAGCCACCAUUCAAAUGAAGGAAAAGAAAGUGAAACGAAAGAAUUUAGAAUCAAUGGAUAAAGAAGUACCAUCUAAAAAAGUCUGUACAUCGAAAUCUAAACUACCCGAUAGUAUUAAAACUCAAAUUGAAGCCAAAAAUUUGAAAGAGAUCAAGCCUUCAAAGUCAUCGAAACGACUGAAAGAUUCUGAAAAAACUGGAAGUAAGAAACAGAAAAUCGAAUUAAAGGCAAGCAGUUCAAAUGAAGUAAGCGAAUGGGAAGAAGAAGUGGCUGUAGUUCAACCGUCAGCCGCUAAUACGUCUAUAAGUGGUUUUAAUCUGGAAAAAAUUAUAAGCAGGGAUUUUAAGAACAGAAUGAUUUAUGAUUCUUCAAGGAAUAAGAGGGAGCCUUCUGUAAAAUCCAGGAGACAACAUAAAAAGUGAAGCAUUUUAUGAGGAGAACAAUUCAUCCAAGAAAUUUCGGGAAAAUUUGUUUUUUUAAUGUUAAUUAUAUAUUAUAUGUAUUGUUUUUAAUCUCUUCUCAAGUCUGAUACUUUAAUAUGUAAGCAUAAUGUUGAGUAUUUGAUUAAAUGUUAUUUUUGAAGUGGACACUUUUGUCUCCUAA